CGAACCAAAAGCGCCGGCAUCUCAAACCCGACGGCGCUCUCUUCUCUAUCCUCUGUCCCCUCCACCAAAACCGACGGCGACGUCGCUCUCCUCCACCGGUGCUUGGAGCUCUCCCUCCACCAGCGGCGGUCCACGGACGCUCGGCGAGCUCCACCGGCGGGCGCUGGUCAGAUCCGCUUGGCAGUCAUCCACCUGGCACAUCGGGUAGCUCACGCCUCCGUUGGCAGUCCCACCGCCGCCUGGCCCUCCCCCAGUGCCCCCGGUGAUCCGGACCGCACCCGCUUGCUCGGCCUAACGACCGGCUCCUGCCCCGCCGCAGCCGAAGCUCCCAGCGUCCUCCUGCAGGCCGAGCUGAAGGUUCAGCGCGCCGGUGGAGUUCGACGACGAAACUCCGUCACGUCAUACCUCUCCGCCUCCCGUCUUCCAGACGUCUCCAAUCGGGGCUCCCAGCGUCUCGGAGAAGAGGAGCAGCACGGCACGGCGGCUGUGGCGAGGAAGGCUCCUGUCCCAUCCCAACCCAGUUAGCAGCCGCCCAAGGAGGAGGAGAUCCAAUCGGCGUGCGGGCGUCCGCGGUCCAUCCAUCGAUCCAAUUCCAAUCUGCAGAAGAAGGGAUCAAGGAACAGCGACCAGAGAAAGGCUGCGUCUGCUGCUGCUCCUACGGCUGCUGAUGCUACGAACAAGAGGCCCAGGAUCAAUCCUGGAUCCGCCACUGGGCGGCAGGAGGGAGGCCAUAGAGCGGGAGCUGAAGAAGCUUCGGGCAGAGCGGGAGGAGCUCGACGGCCGGAUACGGCUGCUGGAAUCGCAGCUCGAGGCAGGGCCUGCGGGAUUCAACGGUGCGGCAGCGGGGAAAGGAGUAGGGGAUGAUGCGUGCGGCGGGAGUGGAGCGUGCCAGAGCCGCGUGGGUAACGGGUUUGCUCCGGACGGUAGCCUCCCGGCGGAUAUGAUCUACCGGUACAGCCGCCACCUCCUUCUCCCGGACUUCGGGGUCGAAGGCCAGCGGAAGCUGUCACAGUCGUCGAUUUUAGUUGUUGGAGCUGGAGGUUUGGGCUCUCCCCUGGCAUUGUAUCUAGCAGCUUGUGGUGUCGGUUGCUUGGGCAUUGUGGAUGGUGAUGAUGUUGAAUUGAAUAAUCUUCAUCGACAGAUAAUUCAUAAAGAAGCAUAUGUUGGACAAUCUAAAGUGAAGUCAGCAGCUGAUGCUUGCCUCAGGAUUAAUUCCUCUAUCAAGGUAGUAGAGCAUCACCAUACUCUGAAGCCAUGCAAUGCUUUGGAGAUUGCACGGAAAUAUGAUAUAGUUGUUGAUGCAACUGACAACCUUCCUACUAGGUAUAUGAUCAGCGAUUGCUGUGUUUUGCUGAACAAGCCACUUGUAUCUGGUGCGGCAUUAGGCUUAGAAGGGCAGUUGACUGUUUAUCAUCAUAAUGGAAGCCCAUGCUAUCGGUGCCUCUUUCCAACUCCACCACCUGUGGCAGCCUGCCAGAGAUGCUCAGACAGUGGUGUCCUUGGGGUUGUUCCGGGAGUGAUUGGUUGCUUACAAGCUCUGGAGGCUAUAAAGGUUGCAACUGGUGUUGGUGAGCCCCUAUGUGGAAGAAUGCUACUAUUUGAUGCACUCUCUGCUCGUAUUAGAGUUGUUAAACUUCGUGGAAGCUCUCCAGAUUGCACCCAUUGUGGCGAAAACUCCGUUUUCACAGAAGAAGACUUUCAGAAGUUUGACUAUGAGAGCUUCACACAGUCACCAAUGUCUGAUAAGGCAGCAGCAAGCGUGAACGUACUCCCAGAGAGCGCGCGUAUCACUUGCAGAGAGUACAAGAAACUGGCCGACGAUGGUGAACCUCAUCUACUGCUGGACGUACGACCUGCGCAUCACUUCCAGAUAGCUUCGAUCUCUCCGUCCCACAACAUCCCGCUCUCCAUGCUGGAAGAGAAGCUGCCCGCGCUCGAAGCCUCGCUGAAGGAAGCAGGGGAGGGGUCAGCCUUGGUUGUCCUGUGUAGGAGAGGCAAUGACUCUCAGAGAGCCGUCCAGCUUCUCCGCGAGAAGGGAUUCGCCAACGCGAAGGAUAUCAUCGGUGGGCUGCAGGCGUGGGGACAAGACGUCGAUCCUGAUUUCCCUGUGUACUAGCGAGAUGGAAAUGGAUGCACUACCUUGUAACAGUUUGGAUGCCGCUAGAACGAGAACUCUGAUACUAUGAUUUGAGUACUAAUUUUGCCAUACCGUGUACUUGCAAAAACAAAUAUACAACUGGUAUGGACACGGUAUUGUGAUGAAUAAUGCCAUGGACAAAAUAAAAUUUGAGUGAUAUUUUUUUGCAGGUUUAAAUUUUUA